CACUGCCUCUUUGUGUGUUGAUUGAUUUUUGUACCCGUGUCUUCAUUCAGUGUUCUGGAGUUUUGACUUGUGAUGGCGUCUAGACAAGGAUCGAAGUCGAGGAAAGCAGGGUCUAGCAAUUUUAAGGGUGCUGACUCUACUGCUUCGUCAACAACCUCGUCAUCAAAGCUUUAUCAAGAGACUUCUAUUGAUGAUGGCCAUAGCUUCCCUGCUUCUUCAUCUGCUCAAAGCAAGCAGCACUUCUUCUCAUCAGAUUCGUUUCCACAAAAUGCUCAGCCUUCUAAAGAAAACGUCACAGUGACAGUUCGCUUUCGCCCACUCAGUCCAAGGGAAAUCCACAAUGGGGAGGAGGUUGCUUGGUAUGCAGAUGGGGAAACAAUCGUGCGUAAUGAGCAUAAUCCGACAAUAGCUUAUUCAUAUGAGCAACGCCAUGUUGGAUCUACAAAAUUUAAUUUGCUCAGCAGCCGGAGCCAUACAAUAUUUACGUUGACGAUAGAAAGUAGUCCCUUAGGCGACAAGAUUCAAGGUGAAGCUGUACACCUCUCACAGCUGAACCUCGUUGAUCUGGCAGGUUCCGAGAGUUCAAAGGUGAUAUCAAAGCUCACGGAUGUGAAGGCUUCGCAUGUACCAUACAGAGACUCUAAGUUAAUAAGAAUCCUUCAGUCCUCACUGAGUGGUCAUGACCGAGUAUCUCUCAUUUGUACAGUAACUCCUGCAUCAAGAAUUUCGGAAGAAACACACAACACAUUGAAAUUUGCUCAUCGUGCAAAGCAUAUUGAGAUUCAAGCCAAGCAAAACAAGAUAACUGAUGAGAAAUCAUUAAUCAAGAAGUACCAACACGAGAUUCGGAAACUGAAGGAGGAGUUGGAACAGCUUAAACAGGAUACUGUACCAGUUCCUCAGCUGAAGGAUAUGGGUGCACAUGAUACUAUUCUCCUGAAGCAGAAGCUAGAAGAUGGUCAAGUCAAGCUACAAUCGAGACUCGAAGAAGAGGAAGAAGCUAAAGCAGCUCUCUCGAGUCGAAUCCAACAGUUGACAAAACUAAUAUUGGUGUCGACUAAAACUUCACAGACAUAUCGCUUACCUCAUCGCUUUAAUCCUCGGAGAAAACACUCAUUUGAGGAAGAAGAGGUAGAAUCACUGAUAUAACCUGGAUAAUAUAAAUUGUCUCAUGGUUCACUUUUUGGUUAAUCUUGGUUGAUAAUGUGUGUGUGUGUGUGUGUUACUUAACUUUUUGGUUAAUCUUGGUUGAUAAUGUGUGUGGUUGCUCGGUUUGUCGGGUUGUCGGGUCGGGUCACCGGGUUUAAGGGUAGAAAUCAUACCUGAGCGGGUUUUGACCAGUCGACGCGGGCAGGAGAAACUCGUGUGACCCUGCGUGCUUCACCCCGCGUCAUAAUAUCUCCGAAUGCGACUGUCGUGCGAGCGGGUACAGGAACCUGCGUGACCUCAACCCGCGUGAGAUUUUCGUCACCGACCAAAUUCGUGCGAGUGGGUAAGGGAACCCGCGUCGAUAC